AUGUUUCCUAAUACUCUAGAGCCCUACAGGUCCGGCGUGUCCGGGCUUGAAUCUGGAGCUCUGUCAGCUUUUGUUAAGUGGAAAUACAGCUCUUCAGAUGGCACACUGAUGCCUCUCAUCCUGCUGCCGCUGAUGCGCCGAGACACGGCCGGGCUCCAACUUUCUCGCCGUGCGGACGGUGUACGUUUGCACUCGGUGACAGACAGUUAUGUGUUUUCGGGGUCGGAAUUAGGUGUCGAUCCCAAAGAAGCGAGCAUGUCCUCCCCUGGAGACUGGAGAGAGGAGUUUUCUGCAGACGAGGAUGUGCAGCCACCGCGGCCGAGGACGCGCACGGCGCAGAUGUCCUGCCUGCCCUUCAGCGUGGAGGCGCUCAUGUCGGACAGGAGGCCGCCGAGUGCGAGGGACGGCGAAAAGGGGAGUGACGCUCUGGAAGACGAUCCGGCGAGCAGGCCGGAUGAGUUUCCCCAACAGUUAGUGUCCAUCAAAUCCGAACCAUCGGGCCCAGGGGACAGCGCGCCUUGGAUAUCCGGGCCCAUUCAGACGCCCACACCUCCCCGGCAGCUUGGUCCAGCAGUCUGUUCCUUGAGGAAGCACAAAACCAACCGCAAGCCCCGCACUCCCUUCACCACCGCGCAGCUCCUGGCCCUGGAGAGAAAGUUUCGCCAGAAGCAGUACCUGUCCAUCGCCGAGCGGGCCGAGUUCUCCUCCUCCCUGUCGCUGUCUGAGACCCAGGUCAAGAUCUGGUUCCAAAACCGACGAGCUAAGGCCAAGAGGCUUCAGGAGGCCGAGGUGGAGAAACUCAAAAUAGCAGCUGGCGUUGGACCCAAGACGGUAUUGCACCCAGGCUUCUCGUCCUUAAGUUUCCCCCUCAGUGUUAACCUGCAGGCUGGUUCAGCAGCACUCUACGGACUGGGCUCCUCAUACAGCCGCAGCCCCAUUCUUCCUGCUGCACAUCUGGCCAUGUACGCCUCACAGGUCGGCUACAGCCUGUUCCACCUCUCCUGAGAGGAAGCAGCAGUAUGCAGACAAAGUGCUGUGGAUCUGGAUGGGGGAAAGGGAAAGAGGAAUAAGGAGAGCUUAUCAUGAAAUCAUGCACCUUAUGAGAGACUUGACUUGACUUGAGGUUUCUAGAUCAAGCAGAAUUUUUAAAUGUUCUCUUUACUUUUUGAAAAAGACUCCAUGGAGGGACAAGGAUAAAGCAGCCGACAGUCCUUCUUUGAUGUUUGUAAAUCCUGAGUCAGCAGAGGUCACUGAGGCUAAAUGUAUCUGAUUAUUGCCCUGAAUAACAGACCGCAUAUAUCGUAGCCUUUUGGUUUGUCUUUUCUACUCUUUUGUAUUUCCUGGAUGAUUAUUUUUCACUUGUUAGCUUUGAAUAUGCAGGGAUUAUAUUAUCCUCCUUUGAGAAACAUAAGAGGCUAAAGUUGAAGAGAAUGCGAUUUUGACCAGGUGAAGUGCAUGCAUGAAGCCCUAAGUAUUCACAAGUGACACAUAUUUAUUUAUGAUAGCCCUAAGAUUCAUAUAUUUCAUGAUGGAUAUCUACAUUUUUAAAAGUUAUUA